CAAAGCAUAUCUCGCGAGAAGAGCUUUAGUGGCGCGAACGAACAAGGAGUUUCUCCGGUGAACAGACGCAGCAGUGUAAGAAACUAUGUCGGACGUUUUGUCUGAUGACGGCAGCGACGUCAACCAAGAUGACACUCAGGAGGAUGUUAUGACCCCGGCGGAGCUGAUAGCCAAACUGGAAGAAGCUUGGCUGAAUGAGAAGUUCUCACCGGAGCUGCUGGAGAACAGAUCAGAGGUGGUGGAGUGUGUGAUGGAGCAGCUGACUCACAUGGAAGCCAACCUACAGCGGGUGAAAAAAGGUGACGCGAAGGCCAGCAUCCAUCGCAUGGAAAUAGACAGGAUUCGCUUUGUGCUCAGCAGCUACCUGCGCUCUCGCCUGCAGAAGAUUGAAAAGUUUUUCCCGCAUGUGUUGGAGAGAGAAAAGUCUCGAGGUGUGGGUGAUCCGUCACUGCUUUCACCGGAGGAGUUUGCCUUUGCCAAAGAGUAUUAUGCCAAUACUGAAACCUACCUGAAGGCUGUAGCAUUGAAGCGCAUGCCCCCCAACCUGCAGACAGUGGACAUGCUCAAAGCAGUGCCUGAGCCCUGCUUGGACUCCUUUGUGUUCCUACGAGUGAAGGAGAGACAGGAAAACAUCAUGGUCGAGCCUGAAACAGAUGAUCAGAGAGAGUAUGUUGUAGAUCUCGAGGAGGGCUCUCAGCAUCUAAUGCGGUAUCGAACCAUAGCACCACUUGUUUCAAGUGGAGCCGUGCAGUUAAUUUGAACACGGAGGUCUGUUUGUUGGUGUGGAUGAUUUUGGCUCCAGGAGGUCAGAAAAUGAGCAAUGGCCUAUUUUUGCAACACAGCAGUAAUGAGGAAGGGGCACGUUAACCUGAAGAGGUUACAUCUGGAAAUGCUCCCAUCUCACUGUUGUCAGGAUUAAAGACUCAUAUGGGGAACACAAACACAGACAUUUGUGGCAGCAUGUCGUCGAGACAUUUAACACAGUGGGGAAAAAAACACCAAAUAUAAGAUGAUUAGUGGAAUUGUCAGAAGUCCUCGUUGACGUAUGAACCCUGUUUGCAGUGCUGUGGUGUUAUUUUUGGAUCAUUUUAGUCAUGUCACAACAUAAGUUUGGUUACGUAACUCUAAUGUAUUCUGGUGUGUUGGUGUUAUGUGAGUGGUAAAGACAAGUCUAUGUAAUCUGCUAAUUCAUUCUGUUACUUUAUUCAGAUGACUCACAUUAUUGGACUUUAUCCUCUGCUGCUCAGUAACAAGAUGCACCCGAAGGUGAAAUUUCAUCAGUUCACUUGGCAUCACUGCACAUACCAACUCAAGGUACACGUGUUCAUGUGCGUGCAUGUUUGAAAAAAACGAUGCUUGUUUUGAUGACCAUUUUUAAAUAACCUCCACAGUCAAAGCAAUAUGUAUUACUGUUAUUACAAAUAGUAGAAAUCUUAAUGAUCAGAUAACUUCUGUGCAUCUCUUCAUCUUGGCUUCUUCUUCCAGAGUUGUUUGAUUUUUAACUCCCAUCUGCUCCUCAAGUUUAAAGUUUUUUUUGGACCGUGUGUGUUUUUAGCUUUUCCCUAAAAGGAUUUGUGUGGAACAUUGUCUUCUCUGAGACAUAAUUGUUGUAAUAGCAUCAUUGUUAUGUAAGACUCUCACAGGGAGCAAUCAGUGCUUAUUGUUUGCCCUCACACAAAUUGCCCAGUAUUUGGAACUAAUCAGGGACUGAGGGAGAGCAGCCUCUGCAAACCUGAACCACGUAUCAACACACUGUCGUCUUUAGAACCGCACUGCUGAUCUAGCUAAUAAGGACUCCUAUAACACAGUGUUUUUCGGGCGAUAAGGAAAAAUGAGAGGGUGUUGAUGAUGUAAUAUGAAGAAAAACAAGUUGGGUUAGACACAUGGUAACCGUAGCAUUUAGACUUAGAGCUCUGCAAGGGUCAGAAACUCCAGCCCUGGCCAGACCGCAUGCUGAGACCAACCCAAAUAUCACUUGACGCUCUCUAAUACUUUUAAGUGCUAUAUUGUUGGCAGCUGGACAUUGCACCUCUCACCCAGGAGGCUUCAGUUCCAGCUCCAGGACUGAAGAAACCUCCUGGAGAAGUGAAACGUCUUCAAGAAACUCAAGCCAGUCCAAUCGCCAACGAUAAAGCACUUAAAAUUACUAUGACGUGGAUGACUGAGAACCUUCACCAACAUCUCUAAUACACAUGAAAACACAUUACAAACAUGCUACUAGGAGGUACAUUUAUUAUAGGUGUUAAACAAGGGGCACAGUGAAAGGAGAGAGGUCAAAUCAGCCCAAGGCCAGUCUAUUAAAAAAAUCUACAUAUACACGUGCAAGCUGGCCUGAAUUGACUCAAGACUUAUUGGGUUCCAACGGGCAUGCGGAGCUCUUAAGUUAGAGUGCAUGAAUGCUAUAAUCCUCAAUCUGAUGUUGGAAAAUGAAAGCAG